AUUGUAUAUAUCAACGAAAAACAUGGGUGCUUGCUACAAAAUAUGGAUCUACUGUCAUACUAGGACCGUAAAACUAAUUGUCCGAACAGAAUUCUAUGACAUGAUAGGAUAAUUAUGCUGAUUCUAAUAUUCAUUAUCGUACGAGUUUGCAAAAAUGGUCCUGGUUAGACAAAUGAAGCCAGAUGGGCAAUGUGGAAACAAUAUUGUAGGAUGUGCAGUUGCAUAAUUUACCAGAUGCAAGGUGGUCCUUCUCAUUAAGUAGACACGGUUCAAGUAUGCAUUAAAAAUGGUUGUAUGGGUUUUGAAUGUUUCUGAUUAUGGAAAUUGAAGAUUGCUCAAACAGAUUGUACAGUUUAAAGCUUAUGGGCAUGGGGUAGGGUGGCAUGUAACUGUCGAACUAAAAUUGUGGACAGAAUCAUCAAGAUGGUUGUUCAAAUGUUAAUGCAAGAUAUUCUCUCACGCUUAAAUCCUGCAAUUUUUCUAUUUCUAUUUUCUGCGAAAAUCUACCUACCUUUAAAUUUGAUGAGAAUGUAAUCUCAUCAUUUUAACUUAAUUUGGUGAAUCCUGCCUAUUAUGAAUAUGAUGAUAGUGUAAUCAAUAUGAUCAUUUCAAAUUGCUGCAUUAACCUGUAUGAAGUUUGUGAAUAUUAACUUCCCAAUUUUCUCUCUCAAUUAAUAGUAAAUUAGAAAAUCAAUUUCCAACUUGGGAAUAGUUUAAUAAAAAAUAUCAUGUUUUAAUUACGUCAUGGUGAUAAAUGAUACUAAAACUUUAUACUUGCAUUUCAGAAGUGUUGCUAAAACUUUAGGUUAUGUAAUUGAUAAAGAAGUGAUUAUUGGGAGUGGGGCAGAGGUAGUAAAUUAGAGAGUUCAAAAAGUGAUUUGAAAUUGAAAAGGGAGAUUAAGGUAGUUUUAGGAUGGGAUGGUAUCUUUGGACAGCAGCAGAGGAAGUCUGCAAAAGCUCGUAGGCGUUUUCAAAAAGAGCUUCUCUAGGAAAGGUUUUGGACUUUUUCUGUCACACCUUUCAGAUUCCCAUUUCUUUUCGUCCUUUUUUUUCUUUCUUUUAUACGAGUAUUAUUACUAUUAUUUGUGUUUUUCCUAUUGCUUGCUAUCUUCUCUCUUUUAUUUUGAAAAGGCCUUGCUUCAGUCUUCAACUCAUGAUACUCACACUACACUGCCACAACAGAAUCUUGCUCUAAGGUUUCUUACAUUAUUCACUGCUUUUUUCAACUUUCACACUUUCUUUUCUGCUUUCUUCUUAUAACCAUCAAACGAGACAUACAUUGCUGACCCUUUUCUCUUCAAGUUGCAAAAAAAGCUUUGGCUUUUGUUUCUUCACUAGCAACCAAGAAACUCUAAAAUGUCAAUGCCAGUAAACCAGCUACCACCUGGAGUGACUGUUGCGCAAGAGCCUCUCAACACCCAUUCAACUCAUGGCUCAGUUGGUCCGGUUAUUGCGGUGCUCGUAGUUAUAAUGAUUUUAGGCGUAGUUGCUGUUAUCAUUGGAAGGGUCUGCUCAGGAAGGAGAAUUCUGGGUUACGGUCGGUAUGAUUUAGAGAGCUGGGCAGAGUCAAAAUGUUCUUCUUGCAUUGAUGGAAGAAUAAGCAUAAGCUCACCAGCACCAAGGUCUAAUCUUUUUGCUGCCUCUGCUUCAGCUCCAAUCCCUGUCCAAACCCACCAACAAACUAAGCAUGAAGAACAAUCUCCUCAACAACAAAAUGCAAAUCUUUGAUCCUUCAGUUGGGUUUUUUUUUUUUUAAUCUUUCACGUUAUUAGCAUGGUAGAUUAUUGUGGCAUUGUUGUACACGAAAACACUUCUAAAUGAAGGAGCCAUCACUUAUGGAUGUUAAAAUUA